CCGCCGCCGCCGCUGAGUCGACAGCGCUGCCAACGGUCCAAGCUGUCUUUACACAACUGAUGCGCUUAUAUAUAGAUAAUAUAUGGCGUUUGUGGCUUUAUUUCGGUGUGAGUGAGCGGUGCGCGCAUUUCUAGAUUUUCAGUUGGAAUUCUGAAACGGCCGGUUACGGUUUAUACGAUUGCUCUGGUCUCUAGUGGAAGUGCAAAUAGUACAGAAGAAGGAUAAGAAUCCUUAUUUCUUUAAAAAUAUAAAUUGUGCAUCGAAUAUUUACUUGAAAAUGGUGCAACCGUCGAAUUCUGUGAGCGCCAAUAACGCCGCCAGCACUAACAACAAUAACAAUAAGACCAACAUUGAUAUUUACAAUAUCGUCACGCUGGUACUAGAUAUAGCAUUGUUGAUCUUCAAAUUCUGGAUAGCGAUAAUCGAGUCGAUAGUCAAAACAUUUGUGCCGCAAGAGAUCAAUGUCAGUGGUAAAACUGUGUUGAUCACCGGCACUGGACAUGGCAUUGGCAAGGAGCUCGCCUUGCAGUACAGCGCACUUGGUGCUAAGCUCAUCUGUUGGGAUGUGAACGAGGAAGCCAAUCUGCAGACGGUGAAGGAAAUCAAGGCUUACGGUGGCGAGGCUCACGGUUAUACGUGCAAUGUUACAAAACGCGAUGAGAUCAACGCCUUGGCUGAGCAGAUCAAGAAGGAACAUGGCUUUAUUAGUAUUGUUGUAAAUAAUGCUGGUAUUAUGCCUUGCCAUCCAAUAACUGAACACACCGAGACUGAGAUUCGAACAAUGUAUGAGAUUAAUGUGUUGGCACAUUUCUGGAUCAUUCAAGCUUUCCUCCCCGAAAUGGUCGAGCGCAAUGAAGGACACUUUGUCGCCUUAUCAUCGUGUGCCGGUCUCUUCGGUUUACCCAAUUUGGUGCCAUACUGUGGUACAAAAUUCGCUGUGCGCGGUCUCAUGGAGGCGCUGAGCGAAGAAUUACGACACAAGAACCCACAGAAUAAUAUCAAAUUGACCACCAUCUACCCAUACAUGGUCGAUACUGGCCUGUGCAAGCGUCCACGCUAUCGUUUCCCCAGCCUCUUCAAGCUGGUCAAGCCCACCGAUGCGGCAGCGAGCAUUAUACGCGCACAACGUACCAGCACCGAACACGCCAGCAUACCACGUGAUUUCUUGUAUUUGGAGAAAGUCGGCCGUUUGCUGCCACGCAAUGCUAUGCGGCUGGUGGAUGACUUCCUCGACUGUGGUGUGGACUCAGAUAAAUGAGUGGAAAUAAAAUUUUAUAAUUUUUAUAAUUUUAGAGUUAGGCCGCAUUUAUAUGCCAUUUUGUUGUUUUUGUUUUUUUUUUCAUAGAAAGUACCAAAAAAAAUAUAUACAUAUACAUAUGUAUAUUGUUAAGUAACAUACAUACUUUUUAUAUUACCCUUUUCAAAUUAUGCGCUAUACGUUUAAUACGAUUUUAAUAAAAAAUAAAAAUAAUAUUUUCGUAAAAUUUUACAUAAA